AUGUCUUACUUCAGAACCGAGUACCAGCGAUUCUUGGAUAACCCCAAGGCCGCCAAAUUGGCCGGCGAUAUCUCGCUGAUCUACGUGCCUACUACGACCAAGUUCGAUCAGCCCGAUAAUGUGAUCACCCAUGUGUUGAAGCAGUCUCACAUCGUGAAGACGCGCUCUCACAACGUCAUCAGUGCCAUUGAAGGCUCUGAUGCGCUGUGUCUGGACAUGGAAACCACACUCGAAUUCCGCGAGGGAGGCGGGGCGUAUCUCCCCUCGUUGGACGAUAAUUUCCUGGCCGACCGCGUCGUCACUUUCCCCACGAUUCACAUCGUCCACUUCGACUCCGAGAACCAAAUUAAGCAAAUCCGCAUCCAUUGGGACCAGGCUUCCCUGCUGAGACAAGUGGAGGUUAUUGGCGCGCGUGGUCGCGCCUGGCCUAUUCGCGAUGCAAAGGAUCAGAUCCGUCUCCUGAAGACCUCUGUUACGGCGCGCUCGUCGGCCGCCGUUCCAGCCCCGAGCCAGCAAACCACACCCCCACCACGCUCCUCAUCCCCGCACAAGCGCUACACCAAGGAUCCCUACGCGGCAGAGUCCUUGACAGAGCUUCUCUCGCCUAGCAAGGAAAUCGCCGAGCUGGAGGCCCGCGCGCAACCCCCAAGCCUUCCUCUGCUGGCAAACGUUACACCCAAGACCCAUACGGAGCGGAAAGCGCCUGCAGCCGUGGCUCCUUUCGCACCCAGCUCUAGUCGCCCUGCCACGCGCAACUUCAGUGAUAUCUUUGUGAAGGACGAUGAUGUUCCUGACUCGCCCUCAAAGCCCCAGCGCCGCGCUCCCCGAGUCCCCGAAGAAGAUGAGACUGCCCAUGGACCCGUUGACGAAGAUCGUCACUUCUACAAGUCCAUCCCCGGCAAGUACAAUCACUUCGAGAUCGGCGGUGAUAACUUAGAACACGAAACAAAGAACGAAGCUAAGCACGCAAACUCAUACCACAAGCCUAAGUGGGACUUUGAUGACUUCACUACACCCACCAAGGACACACGCGCCCCUCGCGGCGAAGAAGUGCGCCACUUCGAUGUGAGCGAAGACGAGGGCCCAGACGAUAUUCACGUCGUUAAGCCGCGUCGUGACGCAGAGCGCCACUUUGAAUUGACAGAUGAUGAGGAAGACGAGGGCCGUAUCAUCAGCUCAUUCGGUGGUCGCGGCAAAGGACUCUAUGAGAACCGUCUCUUUGAUGACGAAGAAGGUCCCGAGCUGAGUGCGCGUGAGAAGAAGAACGAGCCAUUGGCUGUCACUGGAAAUAACAAGAACCGCGAUAAGAACUUCAACUCGCAGUUCGACAUCGUUGAUGACUCGCCUGUCUCGAAGGAGAAUGCUAAGCCCACUGCUAAACACGACAAGGCCGUGAAGAUGAUGGAGUCUCAUUGGGAUAACUACGAUGAGACCCCCCAGCCAAAGCGCACUGCUACCUCCCUGCGCAACCCCAAGACCCACAACCAGCCUAGCUGGCAGUUUGGUGAUGAGUAG